AAAGAAGAAGUAGCUGAAAAAACAAAAAUAAAGAAAGAAGAAAAGUAGCUCACUUCACGAGCUCCUCUGUUCUUUCUCUAUAAACACACAAACACACACACAAAGACACUAUACUAUAGCAGAAUUAAUACGUCUGCUAAAUCAAAAUGCUAAACAGAAGUGUAAUCUGACCAUUUACUUCGCUGUAGUAAGUACAGAUUUCACGGGAUUUGAGCUCAUCCAUCAUCACUUGUUGUUGUUGCCGUCCCUGUCUUUCUUCAACUACCAACGAUACUCAAUCUUGUGAUUCAUCUUCCUCCACGUAGUUAAUAAAAUGGCAGAAGUAGCUUAGCUUGUUGAAGUUAAGAAGGAGAGCUUUAUGGAUCGGGUGGCAAUGACAGUAGGAGCAGGAAUGGACGUGCCGAUCAUGCACGAUAGUGAUAGAUACGAUCUUGUAAAGGAUAUUGGUUCUGGGAAUUUUGGAGUGGCAAGGCUUAUGAGGGACAGACAAACUAAUGAGCUUGUUGCUGUUAAGUAUAUCGAGAGAGGUGAGAAGAUUGAUGAAAAUGUAAAGAGGGAAAUCAUCAACCAUCGAUCAUUGAGGCACCCUAACAUAGUCAGAUUCAAAGAGGUCAUAUUGACACCAACUCAUUUGGCUAUAGUGAUGGAAUACGCAUCUGGAGGAGAACUGUUUGAGCGCAUUUGCAAUGCAGGCCGUUUCAGCGAGGAUGAGGCACGAUUUUUCUUCCAACAACUCAUAUCUGGGGUCAGCUAUUGUCACGCCAUGCAAGUAUGCCACAGAGACUUGAAACUGGAGAAUACAUUGUUGGAUGGCAGCCCUGCGCCAAGGCUAAAGAUUUGUGAUUUUGGAUAUUCUAAGUCCUCAGUGUUGCAUUCACAACCAAAGUCAACUGUUGGUACACCUGCAUAUAUUGCUCCUGAAGUGUUAUUGAAGAAAGAAUAUGAUGGGAAGAUUGCAGAUGUCUGGUCUUGUGGGGUGACUUUGUAUGUCAUGCUGGUAGGAGCAUACCCUUUUGAAGACCCGGAAGAGCCUAAAAAUUUUCGCAAGACAAUACAGCGAAUCUUGAACGUACAGUAUUCAAUUCCAGAUUAUGUACAUAUCUCUCCAGAAUGUCGUCAUCUAAUCUCAAGGAUUUUUGUUGCUGAUCCUGCAAAGAGGAUAACGAUCCCCGAGAUCAAGAACCAUGAGUGGUUCUUGAGGAACCUUCCUGCAGAUCUCAUGGAUGAUAAUAUGACAAACAAUCAGUUUGAGGAGCCAGAACAACGUAUGCAGAGCAUUGACGAAAUCAUGCAGAUAAUAACUGAGGCCACCAUUCCUGCUGCUGGGACCAACAGCCUUAAUCAUUACCUUACUGGUAGCUUGGACAUUGAUGAUGAGAUGGAAGAAGACUUGGAGAGUGACCCUGACCUUGAUAUUGAUAGCAGCGGAGAGAUUGUCUAUGCAAUGUAAAUGAUUUGUGCAUACUAAGUUUAUGGAUCAAAAGGAAGCCGAGUGCUGUAGGUCUUAAUUAUCUGGUCUACCUUUUGGUUUUCAAUAGUUGUUUAUGAAAUGCAGUUCACAGCAAUUCAGGCUUUCCUCUCUUUGUUACUUGUGUUGCUGUUGUUGUAUUACUUGAUUUCCCUUUUAAACUGUGUACUUGUAAGCUGCCAUGUAACAUUACUAUUUUUCCAAAGUAGUAUGUAUGGUUGUGUUACUAUUACUAA